CCCCUUGAGCUAGUAUAUAAGGCAAGGGGCCAACACAAACAUGUCAGUCACAUCGGCUUGGCAUAGGCUUCUCUUCUUGACCAACAAACCAACAAACUCUAAAGAGAUGGCACCCAAGAAAGCCAAGAAGAGGCAGCAGCAGGGAGAGGGUGGAUCUUCCAAUGUGUUCUCCAUGUUUGAGCAGAGCCAGAUUCARGAGUACAAGGAGGCUUUCACAAUCAUUGAUCAGAACAGAGAUGGCAUCAUCAGCAAGGAUGAUCUUAGGGACGUGCUGGCCACUAUGGGUCAACUGAACGUGAAGAAUGAGGARCUGGAAGCCAUGGUCAARGAGGCCAGCGGCCCCAUCAACUUCACCGUCUUCCUCACCAUGUUCGGCGAGAAGCUGAAGGGUGCUGAUCCCGAGGAUGUUAUCGUGAGCGCUUUCAAGGUCCUGGACCCCGAGGCUACCGGCCUCAUCAAGAAGGAAUUCAUUGAGGAGCUCCUGACCACCCAGUGCGACAGGUUCACCGCUGAGGAGAUGACCAACCUGUGGGCUGCUUUUCCCCCAGAUGUGGCUGGCAACGUAGACUAUAAACAGAUCUGCUAUGUCAUCACACACGGAGAGGAGAAGGAGGAUGAGUAAAUCCACUUUUUCAAUCCCUCUGCCUCUCUCCGUCAUCCCCCUCACUACCCCCCUUCUCCAACUCUGUGGCCCGCUUACACGCUCCCCUCGCUCUUCUCUCCAUCUCCACCCCGCUCACUAUGAAAGACUUGUUUCCUUUAUCGAGAUACUUUGAGUUGAGAGGAUUGAAGGCUAUGGAGGUGUGCUGUGUGUGAGUAUCGACAAAAUAAAAGAAUCUUGUACCAUCACAA